UGUGGAAGAUUCCCAAAAUGGACAUCUGAAAAAGGGUAAUGCCCCCUUUUUCCCCUUCUCCACCUGCUCCCUAUAAGUAUAUAACUCCCCUAAGGCUCCACCCUUUCUCUUUUCUUCAACCCUGGUUGCGCUUUCCCUCGCUUUUUCCCGGAAAAUUGCCCACAAGGGAAAAAGGGUGGAGAAAAGUAUUGAAAUGUUGUCGGGGGUGAACGGCGUGGUGUGGAUGGAGGGGAGAGAAGAGGAGGAGGAGGCUGCUUCAUGGAUCAGAAACAGCAAUAACAACAACGGCGGCGGCAGCAGCUGUGGAGUGGUGGACAGUAGUAAAGAUGAUAUGGGUUCUCUUUCUACCUUCAAAUCCAUGCUUGAUGUUGAUGAUGAGUGGUACUUUACUGGCAAUGCCGGUCAGAAUCACCAGGAAAUUAGAGAUAUUUCCUUCUCUACUAACCUGGCUGGAGCUGAUAAUUUGCUGCUGCACCCAGUGGACUCGUCGUCUUCGUGUUCUCCGUCGUCUUCAGUGUUCAACAAUCUCGACCCAUCUCAGGUGCAGUUCUUCUUGCCUCCAAAACCCACCUUAUCUUCACUCCUCAACCUCAUUUCCAACAACCCUUUAGAGCAUAGCUUUGAUAUGGGUUGCGAGCAGGGGUUUUUGGAGACUCAAGCUCCAAAUUCUCAGACUUUGGUUAAUCGGGGAGGUGAGGUUUUGCCCCAUUUCGCCGAUAUGGGCUCGCAUGCCCAGAUGAACACUCCUAAUCUGAUCUCUGAGCCUCAAUUUGGAAUCACCCGGGUGCUCCAACUGACCGAAAACAGUGCUCCUAUUGGCGCUGGGUUCAGUUCAUCGGGGAUUCGAGGUUUUGAGGAGGGUUCUAUGAACUCUUUGUUUGUGAAUAGGUCUAAGUUGCUGAGGCCUCUCGAAACUUUCCCUUCAGUGGGUGCACAGCCCACUCUCUUUCAGAAGAGAGCAGCUUUGAGGAAGAAUUUAGCUGAUAAUGGCAGCAUUUUGGGGGGUUUGGGGCCUGAAGGUGGUCAGGUUUUGAGUGGGGUUGAGGAUGAUAAGGGAAAGAGGGAAAUGGGUGAAGAAAAUGAUAGGAAGUGGAGAAACAGCAAUGCAGAAGAUAUUGAGGAUGCCAGCAUUGAUGCGUCGGGUUUGAAUUAUGAUUCGGAUGAGCUUACAGACAAUAACAAGAUGGAGGAGAAUGGCAAGAACAGUGGGAACAACUCAAAUGCAAAUAGCACUGUUACUGGUGGAGAUCACAAGGGGAAGAAGAAGGGUCUCCCUGCUAAAAAUUUAAUGGCAGAGAGGCGCCGCCGGAAGAAGCUCAAUGAUAGGCUGUACAUGCUGCGAUCUGUUGUCCCAAAAAUUAGCAAGAUGGAUAGGGCUUCAAUCCUUGGGGAUGCAAUUGAGUACUUGAAGGAACUUCUGCAAAGGAUCAACAACCUCCAUAAUGAACUGGAGUCCACCCCUCCUGGCUCAUCACUGACACCUACCACAAGCUUCCACCCUUUGACACCAACCCCUCCUACCCUUCCCUGCCGUAUCAAGGAAGAACUUUGCCCAAGCUCAUUAUCAAGCCCGAAUGGCCAACCUGCAAGGGUUGAAGUUAGGGCAAGAGAGGGAAGAGCUGUAAACAUCCACAUGUUCUGUGGGCGCAGACCAGGUCUAUUGCUCUCCACCAUGAGGGCUCUGGACAGCCUUGGGCUAGACAUUCAGCAAGCUGUUAUCAGCUGUUUCAAUGGGUUUGCUUUGGAUAUUUUUCGAGCUGAGCAAAGCAAGGAAGGGCAGGACGUCCAUCCUGAGCAAAUCAAAGCAGUGCUCUUAGAUUCAGCAGGUUUCCAUGGCAUGAUGUAGGUUUUCUCUGAUGGAUGAUCAGGUAGGUUUUACAGGCCAUGAUUCAGAUGUAAGGAAUAGCAGCCUCGACAGGUUUCUUUAGCUCCUGUUAGCAGGAAAUCAGAAACGCUUCGAAGCCUGUAACCUCAGUCUUUUUCUGCUUUAAAAUAAAGUUUGGAUUUGAGUUAUGACUUUA